UUAACUGUGCACACAACUGUGGUGAAACUAAAAAUGCAAGAAAGAUGUCCUUUUAUCCCACUGAUGUCACUGUAAGGAACCGACUUUUUUUUCUCGAAAUUGAAGGAGGUCUGAAAGACCUUAUCCAGCCGCCUUUUUCGAUCUUUGGUUUUCUUAACUCUUACCUUUUACCCCUAGGCUGCUGGGCACUGGUGCACAGUGCACCAGUGCCUUCAAGCUGCAAUCAGGUUAUUUUGGUCGUCUGCGCAAAAUAAUUAACUGGUAAAGAACUCGCCUGUUCCCCUGCAAUUGAGAGUCGCGUGUCCAGAGUUGCCGAUGGCUACCACUUUCUCUUCUCCGGGAAAUUUCGGAACGGCAGUGUCGGGCCGCAGCCAUGGCGUUUCUUCUCGCCAGAUGUUCCACUAUCCCUCGGGUUUUAUCAGGUUGACGAGGCGCCCAUCGCCACCCGAGUUUCCCUCCUCCGCCUUCCGCUCUAGUUCUGGUGCCGUAGCUCCCAUUUCUUUCCCAACCAGAAGGAAAACUACACCCAUUAGCUCUGCUCGUGCUGUGCUGCAGGAAGCCGACUUGCAAUCUAAGGUCACCAACAAGGUGUAUUUUGAUAUAAGUAUCGGGAAUGCGGUAGGAAGCAUAGUUGGAAGGAUAGUAAUUGGUUUGUAUGGUGAUGACGUCCCUCAAACCGUGGAGAACUUCCGCGCUCUGUGUACAGGGGAAAAGGGGUUUGGAUACAGAGGAUCCACAUUCCAUCGUGUCAUUAAAGAUUUCAUGAUUCAAGGAGGAGAUUUCGAAAAGGGAAACGGGACUGGAGGCAAAAGUAUAUAUGGGCGUACAUUCAAAGAUGAAAACUUCAAGUUGGCUCACACAGGGCCUGGAGUCGUUAGCAUGGCAAAUGCUGGACCCAAUACUAAUGGAAGUCAAUUUUUCAUAUGCAUUGUGACGGUAUAUUCUGACGCCAUGGUUGGACAAGAGGCAUGUUGUGUUCGGACAGGUUCUUGAGGGAAUGGACAUCGUGAAACUUAUUGAGACCCAGGACACAGACAGAGGUGACCGGCCUAAAAAGAAAGUGGUGAUCAGUGACUGCGGCGAACUUCCUUUGCUUUGAUGGUAAACAGAGAGGCCAGUCAUGGGAUCAUGUACCAGAGCAAAAUGCUUUUGCUGCGGCUCCUAAAAGGAGGUUUCUCCUUUUUGCCCGAGGGUCAUGCCAUGUGGAAGCACUUUCUCGUGGUUUUAUGCUAACCCUGUUGCUACUUUCCUAAUGUUGUGCAAGUCCUUUUGUGUCUGUGUAUUACUCCCUAUCUUUUGGCACGUUGCGCAUGUGGUGAACACCUUCUGUACCCCAACUAGGUGCCAAUAAUGGCCAUGAUCCAGUCAUUUUCCAUUGUGCAUUUUGCCCGUAGGAUGAAACAAAGAAAUAACCAGAACUCACGUGGGAAAGAAUCCGUUCACUUUAAGAUCAAACAAUUCCUUCUCAUACAUGUAUGUUUGUAUGUGUAAUAGCUUCUACUAUACUUGGAUUGGAUAUCAAUCACGCUUAUUUACGUUUGCAA